AUGCCUGAACGUACACUGUCUGCAUUUGCUACACCAUCUGCAAUAUUUCUAGGAAUCGCGCUCCAUGAGCUCAUAUCAACCUUCUUUUUUCUAGUUUCCGCAUCCAAAACCUCGUGGAGCACAUCACUAUUCCAGAUUUCUGUUGUGGCAUGGAGUUUAUGUAUGCUGCAGUCAAUUUUACAGAUUGUGUUGCUGGAUUACACAAUAUCGCCGUAUGAGACUGCCAAUCAUUCCAUGGCAUGGCUUGCUGUCAUGGUGGUUCGAUUACGAGUAUUUCAUUCGGGAUCAUCCUUGUCGUUAUGGUUACUGUCAUUUAUUGGGUUUGCGACCUUUUGUUUUUCUGUGCCAGCCAAUAUUCUCGGAAUACUAUCCAACGUUGAUGUCGUUGCAGAUCGAAGUUCCAUAUUUUUUUCCAGUCCGCUGAUUGGACUUACUCGCGAGUUGUUUGCAUUCACAUUCGUAUUACAAGGUCUGUUUACAUUGUUGGCAUCAAUAUCAUUUCUCUGGUCACUCUGCAAAUCCAUUGGAUUUACAGGAAAAGGAUUCGUAUAUCAAGUUUUGCUAAAACGGGAAGGUCCUCGAUUUAUUGUCAUAUUUGGACUCAACAUCAUUGUUGCUGGAUUUGCAGUGCAUUCAUUCCUAUAUGAUCCGACGCAUAUUACAUUUUCUGGAUGGUACAUGCCUCCCAUGAUUUAUGCGAUUGAGAUUUAUACGUUUUUAUUGACGAGUUACGUCGAGCCUAGAAGUUUAUUGCAACAAGUGCAGAUGGAAACAGAGUAUGAUGGAAACAACAUGAAAGAACAAACUACUGAUGUAGCGAGUCAAACUUACAGAGUGCCUACCAAUAGUCCAUAUGAGAUACUAUAG